AUGAGUGUAGUGGUCCUGAUGAUGCUGCUGCUGCCUGCUCUGCUGAGGGGAGCACCAGAAUGCAAGGCCAGCUGCCGCCUUACCAACAUCUCCAUCACUGUGGAGAGCGAGGAAUGCGGCAGCUGCAUCACCAUCGACACCACGGCCUGCUAUGGCCUCUGCCACACACAGGGAACGAAUUACCGCAAUCCGGUGGUGCCAAAUGUUCAGAACACCUGCAACUUCAGGGAGUGGACAUACGAGACGGUCCAGCUGACGGGCUGCCCGGCGGGGGUGGACUCGUCCUUCACUUACCCCGUGGCCCUGAGCUGCGAGUGCAGCCAGUGCAACACGGACAGCACAGACUGCGGAGCUCUCAGCAUGCAGCCCAGCAGCUGCCACAUGUUCUCCCACUACUGAACAACCCACACUACCUCAGCUCUGCUACCAUCACUGCUCAAACCUUUACUUAUAGAUCUGGAUGAUGUACGGCAUCUUGCUUCUUACAUUAUAUUAGUUAUUGGGAAAUGGUUAAUAAAUCUAUCAAACGACACUUUAAAACCCGAUGAGUUGACUAAACUCAAAACUUUUGUUGUAACCAAUUACCUAAUGAAUAUUAAGUUCAUGUAAUAUAAUUUUUAAGUACAAUGAACUUAACAAAUACAUACACAUAUCUAUUUAAAAUUAAUAUUUUCCUGAACUUGUAUUUAGUCGUCUUUCUGGUUUUAUCAACUAUUUUAAACUAUAUAAAGUACUGAGAGCACAGUGAGAACACAGAGUUAUUGCAGCUCAGUAAAUGAUUGUUCUACAGCCUACAACACAGAGACCAAGUAUUUAAUCAUAUGUGAUCUAAAAGUUUACCUAAGGUAGCCCCGGGGGAAUCACUACACACUGAUGGUGAGUGUAAGUCAGAAACUGUUGGACACACCCAGUAUGCAAAUAGAUUGUGACAGAAGCCAAUGGAAAAGAAGCUGUUAAUGGCAACAGACUAAACUCAGUUAUUAUAAGUUGAUUCAUCUUAAAGAUCUCAGUUUAAGUAUAUAUGUGCCCACGAAUGUUCAACUAACUCAAAACAGUUAAGUAUUGUUUAGAAAUCUCCCAUUUUAUGUAAAACAGACUUAAAUUAUUUGAGUUCAAACAACUUAUGCGUUUACAGUGUAUAACAGUGGACAGCAUCAUAAUAAACCAUGUUCAAUCAAUUUAGCCAGAUAACUCAAGUUUAAACCAGGAUUUCUCAGUCAACAGCCAAAAUAGGGUGGUUGAAGAAAGUAGCAUUUAUCAAUUCAAGCAGAUAAUUUAAGCUCAAAGCAGCAUCUUUCAGCUAACCAGAUAACCUAAUCUUAAUGUUCUGGAGGAUAUUUAAUUAUAUAAAUCCAGGUUGUUAACAAAAACUCAAUUUCACAGAUAACAGACAGUUGGUUAACUUAACCGCAAAGAUACUCAACAAAUCAGGUUUCCUCAGUUUAAACAGAUAACCAAAUUCUAACCAGCCUGUCGAACUGGGUGUGGGAUACCUGGAUAGUUUGUAAAUCCUGUGAAACAUCACCCUAAACUUUAGACUUAUACUAUCUACAAAACCACUCAACAGAAAUGUUCCCAAGCUCUUUUUUACUAUUGCACAGGGUUAAGUUGGGCUUAGGUUAUCUGGCUAAACUGUGGAUGUCUGCUUUGUGACAUAAUUUCUAAGGGAUAGUUAAAGACCGAAGCCCAGAGGAGUACACAAAUCACGAUUUCUCAGUCAGCCAGAUAACUUAAGCCCAAAAUUUAGAAAGCAUUUGACAAAACAGGAUUUCUCGGUUAGCUAGAUAAAAUGAGACAGAAGUUUAGGAAAGAGAGAGUAUUCAAGAAAGUAGAAUUUAUUAAUUUAAACAGAUAACAUAGUUACUUAGUAAAUCACCGUUUCUUAAUUUAACCAGAUAACCCAAGUCCAAAAUCUGGCCUGUCCAAUAAGA